AUGACCCUUCAGUCUGCCAUCAACAAAGAGGUUUUCACCCCCCGUGAUGAGAGGAUGCUGGUGGCAGUGCAGGUGCGGCGGCGAGGAAAGAAAAGGCUUCCCUUCCUGCCCACAGGAGGCAAAGGGGAGUAUGCCACCUUCAUAUGCCUCUCAGUGACCAAUAAGAGGCCCCCUCAGCUCCUCAUCACAAAGGUGAAGCGUUUCAGCGGCUCCUCCGCCUUUACCAGCAGGUCACAGUGGACCGUGGAGCAGCUCCGACAGGUCAACGGCAUCAACCCCAACAAGGACUGCCCAGAGUUCGACCUGGUGUUUGACAGUGCCGUGGACCAGUGGGUCGCCAGCUCAGCGGCGGAGAAGUGCAUCUUUGUCCAAAUUCUGUACCACGCCUGCCAGACCUACUGGGCGGGCAAAGCGGGCAGCCUGGGUAAGGUGGGCAGACAGCAGCGCAAAAUGAGCCUCAGCCCUCAGGACAUCAGAGCCGGCCCCAGCGGUGAGCCAGCGGCGCGCCCUCUUGCCAGGUCUAAAAGCCUGCAGGCGAGGAGGAAGAGCUACGCGCCGCCCAGACAAGCUGAAUUCAUCAACUGCCAGUCCAAACUGACAGGAGAGGCCUGCACCAUGAACCUGGUCAUAUACCGCUGCAAGGCCUUCUUCAAUCGCCUGAAAAACAGGAUGGUCACAAACCAAGGUCGACUACAAAGCAGAGGUCAGCAUGGACAGCGCCCCCCAGGGGGCACUAUAGGUAGCGUAGUCCAGAGGGCCAACCUGGCUCUGGGGGAGCGUGGGGAGAAGCUGGGCCGUGCAGAGGACAGGACUGUGGAGCUGAUGCACAAAGCCCAGCAGUUUGCAGACACUGCCCAUAAGCUGGCCCUCAGGUAUUCAAAGUAG